AUGCCCCUUUUCCGGCCCACGCCACUCCUGAAAAUGGCCACAUCCACAGGAGGCAAGAUCCUCGAAGGCGUCUUCGGAAUCAACAAACCCAUCGGCAUCUCCUCCGCCCAGGUAAUCCGCGACUGCCAAAACUUUUUCGACCCCUCCGCUCGCUUCGCCCCCGCCCUCGAGCAGGUCCGCGAGCAGCGCGACAAAGAGUCCAAGUACCAGCGCAACCGCCGCCGCCGGUUCCCCAACAAGGUCCAGACCAAAAUCGGCCACGGCGGCACCCUCGACCCCCUAGCCGGCGGUGUCCUGAUCCUCGGAGUCGGAAAAGGCACCAAGUCCCUUCAGCAAUUCCUCCUCUGCACCAAGACCUACGAAACAGUUGUCGUCUUCGGCGCCAGCACCGAUACCUACGACCGGCUGGGCAAGAUCAUCAAGAAGGGCGACUAUUCCAACGUCACCCGCGAUGCCGUCCAGAAAGGGCUGGAACCGUUCCGGGGGAAAUACAGACAAAUGCCGCCCUUGUACUCCUCCCUCAAAAUGAACGGCAAACCCCUCUACGAAUACGCCCGCGAAGGCAAGCCGAUCCCCCGUGAGAUUGAAACUCGAGAAGUCGAAGUGUCCGAACUCGAGCUGGUAGAAUGGUACGAACCCGGCACGCACAAGCACUACUGGCCCGACGAGGAAGCCGGCCAGGCAGAAAAGGACGUCGCCCAGUCCGUCUGGCGCGUGGCCAAGGCGCAGGAGGACGGAGGGGAGGAAUCAGCCGCCAAGAUGGCCGCAGAGGAAGAGAGUAAAGCCCUCGAGGAGUUCAACUCCAAAAAGCGCGCCGCCGAGGAAGCAGUCGACGGCCUUGUCAGCGACGAGACACGUGCCUCCAAGAGGGCAAAGAACGAGGAGGGAAACCCAGAAGACACCCUCAUGUCGGGGGCUCUUGAAGUCAAAAAGGAGAAGCUGACCCAACCCCCCAAGGGAAGGGGCUCAGAUCUUGUGCCUGUCAGACCAGAUGACAUGCCUGCCCCGUGGGAAGGCAAGGGCCCGCCGGCAGCCAAGAUCCGCAUGACGGUCACGUCUGGGUUUUACGUCCGGAGUUUGUGCCAUGAUCUCGGGGAGAAGUUGGGAUGCGGGGCCAUGAUGGCGGAGCUGGUCCGUACCAGGCAGGGGCAGUUCACGCUUGGGGGGGCUAAUUGUCUCGAGUAUGACGAUUUGCUUAGAGGUGAGGAGGUUUGGGGGCCACAGGUGGAGAGCAUGCUUGACAAGUGGAACGCCCGGCCGGGAGAGAUCCAGGAACCGACUGUUGAAAAUGGGGGUAUCAAGGUUGAGUCCGAGACAGUGCCGGCGAGGGAGGAGGAGCCGGUUGCUGCUAGCGGUUAA